AUGUUCUCCGAAAACUACGCAUCUUCUUCAUGGUGUUUGGAUGAACUGGUGGAGAUCCUUGAUUGUCGAGAUUCACUUGACCCUUCUGAAGUUAGAAAUCACAUUGGAAAUUUUGGAAAAGCAUUAGUUAGGUAUGAAGAAAAGAAGAAGUGUAUACAUUUUCAUUACCAUGAUAUAUCCAUUCACCAAGUAUUCCUACUCAGUGGUAUGUAUCUAAUUUUCUUACCGGGCAGAGAUGAAUCUCAACUGAUCCAAACAAUUGUUGAAGCCACAUUGAGCAAAUUGCACCGUACAUCCCUACAUGUUGCCAAGUACCCGGUUGGAAUUGAAGAACGUUUGAAGAAAUUAGAUACAUUAAUAGAUGUUGGAAAGAAUGAUGUGAGAAUCAUAGAUAUCUAUGGAAUUGGUGGAAUAGGAAAGACCACUACAGCUAAAGCCCUUUUCAAUACAUGUGUCAAUAAUUCAACAGUUCCAGCUUCCUUGCAGAUGUUAGAGCAACUUCAGAGAAACAUGAUGGAUAAACCUGAAGAAGAUUACCUUGAGCUCUCAAAAUUUAUUGUAGAUUAUGCAAGUGGCCUUCCAUUAGCUCUUGAAAUAUUGGGUUCCUUCCUAAAUCAUGUUGAUGUGUCAACACGUGGCAGAUGGCGUGGCGAUUGCGUGGCUGACGACUUGUCGGGUCGCGUGGUAGAUGACGUGGCUGAAUGCGCUGACGUGUCUGAUGACGUGGUCGUCUUCAACGUCCAGACGGCGUGUGAGGCGCUUGAACUGCUGCAGAAAAUUUCAGACGGAGCGUGCGGGCACGUGAGGGGAACAAAUUCAAUCGAAGGUAUUAUGCUGAGGUUGCCUGAACCAAGAACUCUUUACUUGAAUGCUAAAUCAUUGAAAAAAAGGAAAGCACUUCGACUACUUAUGAUCGAUAAUGUGUUCCUUUCUAAUGCCAUUGGAUAUCUUCCUAAUGAGUUGAGGUUUAUUGAUUUGCGUGGAUACCAAUUCCCCACUGUUCCCUUCAAUCCUGGUCCUAAAAAACUUGUCAAGCUCGAAAUGCCUAACAGCCAUAUCCAUGAACUGGGGGAAGGAUUCAAGAACUUUGAAAAACUGAAAGCUGUGAACUUAAGUCACUUCGAGAUUCAUGACUCUGUUGGGUAUCUCACUAGGCUGGUAAUAUUGAACAUUCAAGGCUGCGGAAAUCUAAGGAUUUUUCCAAACAAUUUGGUGUCCAAAUAUUUUACAAGACUGGAUUUUCAAGGCCGUUCAAGUCUUGAGAAUUUUCCCAAUAUUGUUGAAGAAAUGAAAUAUAUGGAGCAUAUAGAUUUAUCUGGCUCUCGUAUAAAAGAGCUGCCUUCCUCAAUUGAGCGUUUGGUUGGGCUUAGAGAGUUGAACUUAUCCUCUUGUUUAGAGCUUAUGUAUAUUCCACCUAACAUAUAUAAGCUGUUGAAUGUUGAAGAACUUAUUCUUGGUGGUUGCUCAAAACUCUCUGUGUUUCCAAAGAAUGUCCUAUUCUCACAGUCUGAACUCUUACACAGUCCAAAGCUAGUUGCUUCUUUCCUUCAAAUAUGGGGAAAUUUGCAGUAUCCCUUGUUAAAGUCAGUUAAGCUUCAAAAUUUGUAA